UUCAAUUGAUCAUGCAAUCCGGAAAGCCAUUGGUUACGAAGCUCCCAAUCUCAGCUACCGUAUACGAGCUAAAGGCUGAGCUUCAGAGCCUUCUCAAUAUUGAGCCGGAAACAUUGGAGAUUUCUGCAUCUGAUGUAACGUGUGCCGAUUCAGAUCUUUUAAUAGAAGUUGCUGGUCUAGGCAAAAACAAACAAAUUAAGCCGGUUGUGUCUUGCUAUGAAGGCAACAAUUUUGUGGGCUUGAUACUAUUUUCCCUUGGGGGCGAGGAUUUCGCCGAUCCAUUAGUCGAUAAUUCGGUGUCAGACUCAAGUAUCGAAGAUAGUGAAUCAUCCGUCACUAUCUAGUGGCGGAUCCGUCCA